AUGGAGACACACAAUACAACUUCACCAACAGAAUUUGUUCUGCUGGGACUCCUGCACCACACCAAAGCUCACACUUUCGUCCUUGCCAUCAUUUUGCUUGCCUUGGUUACUGCCAUGUCUGGGAAUACUCUCCUCCUAGUACUAAUCCAGGUGGAUUCCUCCCUUCACACCCCCAUGUACUUCUUCCUCAGUCAACUGGCCUUCAUGGACAUCUGUCAGGCCCUGAUUGUAGUCCCCAAAAUGGCAGCAGACUUCCUGACCCCAGGCAAUCCCACUUCUCCAGCUGGCUGUGGGGCUCAGAUUUUCCUCUCACUGACGAUGGGUGGAGCUGAGUGUCUCCUUCUGGCAGUCAUGGCUUACGACAGGUAUGUAGUUAUUUGCAAACCCUUGCAAUACCCUGUCCUGCUGAACAGGAGAGUCUGCCUGGGGCUGGCAGCUGGGGUCUGGGUUGGGGCAGCUGCAGAUGCUUUGAUCCAUUCAGUUCACACCAUGGACCUGCCCUACUGUGGUUCCAAAUAUAUCGACCAAUUUGUUUGUGAAAUCCGAUCCCUGCUGAAACUGUCCUGCUCUGACACCUCCCAGUACGAGACUCUGCUGUAUGUGACUGGCAUUGUGCUGCUCCUCAUCCCUUCUUCCAUCAUACUAGCGUCCUACCCUCGCAUCCUCUCCAUGGUCCUGAGGAUGAAGUCAACCAAAGGACAGCAGAAAGCUCUGGCCACUUGCUCCUCGCACCUGACUGUGGUGGGCAUGUUUUAUGAGGCUGCCAUCGUCAUGUACAUGAGACCCAACGCCUCUGACUCACCUGAACAAGACAGGAUGUCCCCUGUGUUUUGUACCAUUGUCACCCCAGUGCUGAAUCCACUCAUCUACAGCCUGAGGAACAGGGAUGUCUUGGGAGCCCUAAGAAAGCUGGUUGGGAAAUACAGAGUCCUUCAGCAAAAUUGA